AUGGCUGAUUAUGUAUGGAAUUAUUUAAUAAUUUUAAAUACCAUAGUAAUUGUCAGCACUAUUCCUCCACCUGGCUACGUUAAAGAAGGCAUUGAAGAUCAACAUCCACCUAACUAUAAAUAUUCAUACGAUAUUGAACACAAUAAAGAUGGUACGAGUCAAGGAAAACAAGAAACACGGGAUGGUGAAUUCGCAUCUGGUCGUUAUUAUGUAAGCUUACCCCGACGGGGUGCAUCUAGUCAAGUACAGUAUUUUGCCGAUGAUUGGGGAUAUCAUCCGUUUGUACAAUAUAGUACAACAAAUGCACAUAGUAAAGUUUCUGCACAUUUUGCAUUAGGCGAACAAGCAAUCAAAGCAUUACAUAAUAGUAAUAAGCAACAGAUUAACACUGGAGCUGCUAUUUUUUCAACAGCGAUACAACCUACUCAACACAAACAAAUCGAACAACAAACCGAACAAAAUCUUGCAAUACCACCUCCAGCAAUAUCCACACAGCAAUUACCACCCCAACAAUACCUAAUACGUCCACAAUCGGAUCAAUCAAUAUUGUUACCAGUAAUCUUUCAAACUUACCCAACAACCAUACAGCAACCACCGUCAAUCGCACCAAUUUAUCAACAAAAUAUUCCAUUUGAAUUAAUCGAACAACAUGAAAAUUUACGUUCAUUAGAAAAUAAUAAUUUACAACAAAAUGGUCGACAGCAGGUUGAACAACAACAAAAUCAAGUGCAAAUUCUAAUUAAUCAUAAUACUCAAGAACAGAUUAAUAACAAUCAAAUUCAAAAUGAAAAACAAGAAGAUAGCGGAACCAUAAAUUCUUCGGAUAAUUCUGGUUAUAGUAAAUUAGUUAAAAAUACCGAAAAUUUAAUAACUGGUGCUGAUGUACUCAAUAUUAAUAGCGCAGCGGAAUUAAAUACUGAAAUUACUGAAACGCAAAGUUUCCAAGAUCAACAAUCAAGUAACAAUUUUAUUUAUCAACAAAAUGAAUUAUAUCAGAAUUCAACAAUAAAACCAAUCAUUGUUGCUGAAUUCAGUAGCACAGGUGGGGAAAACAUAAUUUCCUCGACAGAAAAACCACAUGAAGAUUGUGACCAAGAAAAUGAAGAGGAAUCAAAAACAUUAAACGAAGAAACUAGACCAUUAAGUAUAAAUUUCUUAGCCCCAAUAACCGCUGCAUUACGUUUAGAAAGUUCUGGUGAAAAAAUUGAAAAUAUUAUUACAUGCGAUAACGAUGAAGCUCAUGAAAAUGAGAAAAAAACGGAGGAAGAUACACAAAUUACUAAUAAUAAUGUAGAAAUACAAAAAAGUAUACCGUUUUAUAUUGGAAAGUUUGAAUUUUUUGAUGAUUUAAAAGGAAAUUUAAAACCACUCUCGAGUGAAGAAAAUGGCGAAGAAAGUAUGAAUGUUCCAUCAAAAAUUGAAUAUCAUUUCGAAUCGUUAAAAGAAAAUAAAAAAGACGAUGAAAAAUCGUCUGAUCAAGAUUCCGCACAAUCAAUUCGAAAUGUUCAACAUUUACCGAAUACACUUGUUAUACCAAAUGCAAAAGAACAGAAGUUUGUCGAUGAAAUUAUAGUAAAUCAGACUCAACCAAUCCAAAUUCCUACAGUACAAAUUCCUAUUCAAAUUCCGGUUGAAAUACGUCCUAUAGCUGUGGCUACUCAACUUGUUGAAAAAACUCCCGUACCAUCCGCUACAAUUACCGUUCCUCAACCGGUUGAGUUUGGAAAAUAUUUAGAGAAAUCAAUUGCCCAGCCUUAUAUAAUUCCUAUCCCACAUUCGAAUCCAAUUCCGAUAACAAAAUUAUUGAGUGUUCCAAUGCCAAUAAAACAAUUUCGACCAAUUCCAAUUUACUAUGUAAAUCAAUACCCCAAAGAUAUACAUGGAGGUCGUCAAAACAUCGGAACAAUCGGCGCCGCUACGUCAUCAUAUAAAGUUCCUAUUUCUAAACCAAAUGGACAACGAUUAAAAGACGCUUGUACAGAAAUUAAUAAGAAAUUUUGUGACGAUUAUUAUGGACCAACGCCACCGUUUAAUCAUAAUGUAAAACCACGACGAAAUGCUUAUUUAGAUCGAAAAUUUUUCGGAAAAAAUUUACGAAUUGAAUAUGGAUUUAAACCACCAAUGGUACCCUCUUUAGAAAUUGACGAAUAUGGUAAUCCAAUACAUAAAGAUGAAAGUAGAUAG